AGCUCACUUUUACAACCGCAGCCUCCUCCCUUUAACAGAGAAUUAAAGAAAAUUAAAGUGACAGAACCAAAAUUUAUUGAUCAUUAAACUGAAACAAGAAGAAAGAAGAAGAAGAAGAAGAAGAAGAAGAAGAAAGAAGAAGGCGGAGAAGAAUUGGAAGUGAGAGAGUGAGAGAGUGAGAUAGAGAGAUAGAGAUAGAGACUGCUCACUUUGUCUCUGUCUCUCUUGGCCACGCCCCUUGCAACUUAGUGCUGAGGCUGCGGUGUGCGGGAGGGUGAGGCAGGCUGGAGGGGUUGCCAUGUCCUGCCUGCCACGCGUCGCCGCCCACCCUGCCCGGCCUGCCCGCCCCGUGACCUGAGGUGGGCGGCGCGGGUCACCAUGGGGCCGGGGUGGCACGUGAGGACCUCCCUGGCGGUGGUGCUGGUGGUGCUGUGGCGGUGGGUGCAGGCCGGCGAGGUGCAGGCUGGAGAUGUGCAGGCUGGAGGGUUACAGCCCACGGAGAUGCAAGCUGGCGGGGUGCAGGCUGGAGGGUUACAGCCCACGGAGAUGCAGGCUGGCGGGGUGCAGGCUGGAGGGUUACAGCCCACGGAGAUGCAGGCUGGAGGGUUACAGCCCAUGGAAGUACAGGCUGUGGAGGUGCAGCCUGGAGGGGUGCAGGCUGGAGUUCAGGCUACGGAGAUUCAGCCUGGAGGUGUGGAGGGUGGAGGGAUGCAGGAUGAGGUACAGAAUGAAGAGCUGCAAGCUGUUGGGACAGAAGCAGGCAAGACACAGCCUACAGCAGUGCAGACUGAAGAGCAGGAUGGCGGGGUACAGACCACGGACGCGCCGACAAGCAGCAUGCAGACUGAAGAGGUGCAGGCUGCCACCGCUGCGAGCAACGCGACCUGCGUGGCGGGGUGUGCCUGCGGCCUGGUGCGGUCCCUCCGGCUGCAGCAGGAACUGUACAUGCUCAACUGUUCCUUCGCGGGGUUGAAGAGCUUCCCCGAGGCGCUGCCCGCUGACCUGGAGGCGUUGAGUGUGCGCGGCAACGCCAUCACGCACGUGCUGGACUCCCUGGCGCGCCUGACGGAGCUGCGGGAGCUGGACCUGUCGGGCAACAAGAUCAAGUCGAUCGGGCGUGGCGGAAUGUUCCAGAACCUGAGCCGCCUCCUACACCUGGACAUGGCCAAGAACACCAUCUCCACCAUCUUCCGUGACAACCUGAUGGGGCCGCGCGCCUUGCUGCACCUCGAGCUGGCCAACAACAAGAUCAACUACAUCGAGGACGAGGCGCUGGCCGACCUCUCCAGCCUGCUCACCCUGGACCUGCGCCAGAACCUGCUAGGCUCGCUGUACGAGGAGUGGUUCCACGGGCUGCGUCGCCUGCACACGCUUGACCUCACCCACAACAGGAUCCACAACAUUCCCGCCUCGGUGUUCCGCGCCCUUGCCUCCCUCCACCACCUCAACCUCUCCGGCAACCGCAUUUCCUCCGUGGACCCGCGGGCCUUCUCGGGUCUCACACGCCUGCAGGAGCUGGUGUUGGAGGACAACCUGCUGGCCUCGGUGCCCACCGCCGCCCUGCAGAGCCUGCCCAGCCUGUCCGUGCUCACUGUGGACCACAACCCGCUCAACAAGAUCAAGCCACUGGACUUCUCCCACCUGAGCGCGGCGCGGAUCAGCGUGCGCCACAUGCCGGACCUGCGCAUCGUGGACCCCAAGGCCUUCUACAACCUGGUCAACGCUACCACACUGCUGCUCAGCGGCAACCCGCGCCUGGCCUAUGUGGAUCCCCUGGCCUUCAUGAACGUGGACGCCCUCAGGGACCUGCAGCUCCACGACAACCACCUCCGCGGCCUGCAGAAGGAGAUCGCGGACUACCUGCCGCAGGGCGUCACCCUCACCCUGUACGGCAACCCGCUCACCUGCGACUGCAACGCGCGCUGGCUGCGGCGCAUGGUGGCGCAGCGCACAAACGCCAGCGUAGUGCUGAGAGAGCCGCAGCGCCUGGUUUGUCACACCCCACCCGCGCGCGCCCACAAGCUGCUGAAGGACCUGCAGCUGAUGCGGCUGGACAAGUCCUGCGCGCCCACGGUGCUGAACCUGACGCAGAGCCGCGUGGUGGUGGGCAAGGUGGGUGGCUACCAGGUGCUGGAGUGCCGCGCCCUGGGCUCCCCCUCGCCACGCCUGCACUGGCUGCUGCCCGACGGCUCCAUCGUCAACUCCACGCUCAACGAGGUGCGCCGCAGGUUCUUCCCGCCCUGCACACUCAUCCACUACCACCUGCGCGCUGCGGACGAGGGCCCCUACACCUGCGUGGCGGAGAACGAGUGCGCCGUGUCGCGCGGCACCGUGUGGCUCACCGUGGCGGGCCUAGACAUCCACCUCUUCCCCAUCCGCAUCUCCUCCACCUUCAUCACGCUGGUGUGGAAUGGCACGGAGCGGCGCGCCUUCCCCUCCUACAAGAUCUUCCACACCGAGGUGGACGAGAACGGUACGGCGGUGGGCGAACAGCGGGCCAGCGAGACCAGCCCGGCGCGCAAGACCUUCACCAUCAACCACCUGCAGCCCGACACGCGAUACCGUUUCUGUUUGGGCAACGAGGACGCCAGCGGCUACUGGCUGGAGAUCUCCUGCUGCGUGGCGGCCACAGAGGACCUACAGUUCAUGCUGCAGGGCAUCUCGCGCACCUCCAACGCGGCGGUGGCGGCCAUGGUGGGCCUGGUGCUGGCCAUGACGGUGGCCGUAUGUCUGCUGUCCGUGGUGUCGCGGCGCUACAGGCAGCGAUUCUACGAGAGUCCGGACAAGAGCGGCAGCCAGGGCGCCACGGUGCCCCUCGUGCACCUGUGCCGCCCCAUCAUGCCCGCCUCCUGACGACUAGCGGGGGGCGACGGCCUGCACCCCCUGCUGCGCCGCCCCCCGUGCUGCUCCGCCGAUCCCUCCACCCUAACGCCCCCGCCCCGCCAACGCUACCCUGCCCCACGGAGGGAGUGUCCGAAACACGCCGCCUGCCCCUCACAGCGAC